AAUGAAUUCUUCAUUACGCACGACAUGUUAUUUUUUUUAACUACGCUGUGUGCCGUCGAUAAAGAUUUAACGGAAUAAUUAAGCAGCCUCAGAGAAAAAAAUUGAAGAAACAACGUCACAACGCUAUAAUUGUCAAAUUUUGCAAAUUGAUAAACAUUUAUGAUAAAUACGUCGUAAUUUAUUUUUAUUUCUUUUUCGAAGAAAAUGACUUCGAUCAAUAUUUUAGACAUUCUAAAAGAGCGACAAUAUAUUUAUCGUCCUAGCAACAACACGUCCGGGCGUGUUUUAUUUUCCCAACGUCAUUAGCGAGAUCGGGAUACUCUCGAUGCACUUCAUCGAUGUCCGAGUUUCGGUACGUCAACACGUAUCCGUCAAAGGACACGUUCGAGGUAUCCUUUCGUGGGCUUUGACGACGUUGCAUAUGUAAUAGAAUGUUGUGCACGGUGGCGAGCUACCGCGUUCGAUGCACGCGAGAAACUUCCGGGAUUUCGAAACGACCGCGCGAGUAAUCUUGUAACGGCCCUCUCAGAAGAUGAGGGACUGGCGAGCGUGCCGAAGUGCUAAGUCACGAGAGCGGCGAAUUUUACACAGGCCACCGCAACGCCAGAAACACCAUAAAUCAUUAACUCUCAAACUGGUCCGUGACCGACAUUAUGACAUCGACGAUGUUGCACUUAGCGCAAGGUCUUGUAACUUGCAUCACACUUUUCAGAAACUCCUCGUUACUGGCGUUACGGUCGAGACUCUAAAUAUAUCGAAAUUCAUCAGUAUGUACCGCUCGAGCUCUUUAAGUCGCGCAAUUAAACCACGCUCAAUACCCGUUGGACCGAGCAACGCCGAGGCGGAUCGACAACGCAUCAUGCAGCUCGCCGCGCUCGCCGCAUUGUUGACGGACAGAACGAUGAAAAGAGAGAGGGAGGACGGCGGCUCGAGAGGGAGAGAGAGACAUAAUAAUGGAAACACAAAGCUCUCGAUCGACACAAAUACACACGCGCGCGCAAAUGAGAGCUACAAGCGCAAUGCGAUCCCGUUCCUCGGUUUCCUCGCCGUGACAUAUCACGAAAGGUUUCGCCAUAAUACCGACUGGUACACCGGUCGCUCCGUUCUUAUUAUAGCGGUCGAGUUAAAGGGCAAUCCUCCCAGCGCGCGCAAAUUGGAGCACUUUUGCGAAAGCAAUUCGUACCUCGAGAGCAAAUCGCACCAUCGUACGAUCGCUGAAUGUUGUCCGACUACUACUCGACUCGUUGUGGACAACGAAAGUCUGCGCAUUGAGAAGAAUUCUUGAAUAAAGAAUACUCUCUUGAAUAAACGAGAUAAGUGAUACACCUGUUGGACUUUUACUGCGAUUCCGUGUAUUUGCAUAUUACGGAGAUGAGAAGGCCACGAUCGAACACGUUAAGAGCGUAAGGGUUAACGAGCAUCGCCACAAAUUAUCGGUAGGACUAAUGGCGUCGGAGGUGAGCCGAAGGUGCGACAGGUGUAUGUGCGGUACAUGCGGCCGUCUACGUAGGAGUUUUAAGGAUUAUCCUGUCGCAAACGAGACACACCCUGAUCCGCGGUAUUCUCGAGAACUCUCUCUCUUUCUCUCUCUUUCUCACCACGGUGGAAUUUGUGCCGCGCGAAGAGAAAGAGAAGGAGCGAGACGUCGAAGGUAGGAGCCUCGAAUGAAUAUCGCUUUCUAUCUUUAGAAUUAUAAAUUAAUGACACGCGCUCCUUCGCCGAUGAUAACGGCGAUUUACGAUCGGUUCGCGCGCGCCGCGAGUGUGUUUCGACGUUUUAGAUACGACCGGCCUUAUCUGCAGGAACGCCCGGUACUCGGUUACUCACCGGUACUCGGGAGUACGCACGGCAUUAUCGCGCUGUAAAACUACGCGGGGAAGUGCCGCAUUUGAAGCAACGACGCAGCAAGGAGGAGAAUUACGGCCGGAAGGACAUCCGGAUUUUUCAACAAAGUUCAAAUUAGUCGAGCCUCUCCACGUUUAAUAAUAGUAAUAACGUAAACUUCAAAUGAAAACGUUAUUUUCAAUAUAUUAUCUUUCAAAAAAUAUCAUUCUUCAAAUCGUACGUAUAAAUUA